AUGGAGUCCCAAUAUCGAAUAUCCAUUAAAGCCAUCAUUGUCGUUCUUGGCCCAAAGCACGCCAUCCGAGGUGGAUUUGCCGCUGGAAGUAAGCCAGCUAAUUCGUCGUCUGGUCCUCCGCACUCCAUGAGUUUCCGAUGCACCUUUAUGCGUCGCUCUCUGUUCGAAUCCCCAAAUUUCGCGUACGAGCCCGUAAAGGCAAGUGAUCACCUACGCAUCAUCAACGGAUGCGAAGAACCCAGAAAAGCAUUCAUAGCUUUCGCAAAUAAAGGCGAACAUGCUGCCCCAGUUGGCGUUCGUCACGCCGACAGACCCCACAGCGCCCCUCCGAGACGAGAACAACAAGCCACUUCAAUAUCCCGUCAUAGUUAUGGGUGGCGUAACGGGUUGCUCAUCAACAACGGGGUGAACAUAAACUUUCGGAGCAUGGGCUUGAGCUUGAGGAGACGCAGAGUCGGCUUGAGGAGAUGCUGUUCACUGGCAGCGCCUAUCCAUGACUUAAGUUCUUAUCCGCCUAUCAACAACGAGUUGAAAUUUCGCGGGUCCUCGAGAUCAAGGAGGGCAGAUAAACCCAGGCAACGAAUUGCCAUUGGCCGGCGGCAGCCAAUUGGACCUAUUGGUAACGUCGGGCAAUUCGGGAACAGGUGCCCAACUGACGAAGAGAUUAUUCCCAAAGGCGCGCAACCACACCAUUCUGUUACUCCCGAAGCCCCUUCGACUGAUGAAAGAGAGGCUCCAAACGCUCGGUAUGAGCGCCAUCUACUGGUCGAACAUCACGGCUUCCCGCUCUGGGCACCUCAGCCGCAUUCUCGGUUACCUCUAUCUUAUCGUCGGAAAGGUGUCAGUAUUGGCGACGUUGGCGUUAUCACAAAGGAUGGUUACUUUGAUUUUUUGUUCAACAUUUGCCUACCCCGUGGUCACGCCAGCAAUCCGACUUUUCUGCCGACCAACUUCUCGCCAGUUUAUCUGUUACCUACCGAUGUCUCGGAGUUGCGCCAACACGAUUUGGGAAGCUGCCUUUUAACUUCCACAACCGAAAAAUUGAGAGGCUUGAGCUUCAGGUGCAACGGACCUGAAGGGUCCAUCCUGGUAAUGCCCAACGGGGCAUAUCACGAGGAUUUGCUCAAUUUGCACAAAUUCCAGAGGAUUGCAGUAAAAAAUGCUGAGAAUUGGUACAAAUUUACCAUCGGAACUUGUGGUAGGGCAAUCAAAAAUGGGGAACUCCGACUUGUUACAGGCUGCGAUAAGACCAACUUAUGGGGGAUCGCUACAUAUUCUGAUUUUCCACCGGGGGCCAUAACCCUAGCUGCCAAUACAGCCCAAUCACCCGUUGAGUAUACAUGGGAUUACGAGGGACGUGUUGAAGCUAAGGCAGGGCCCAGACUUGAAGAACUUUUGGAUGAUGCAGGCAAUCAAGAAUAUCCUCGGGAUACCCGAAAUCAGUGCACGUUCCUUCGUUCGUUUACCGUAUCAUUGCCCGAUGAUGUGUGGGAGAGCAUGGUAUCAACUCUUGUUCCAGAUUCAUCAGACAACCACAUCCUGAAUUUUCGUCAACCUCGGAGUUAUUUUGAUUCCAUCAUAUCGAUGUUGUUAGGCCUUGAAAAUCGAGAAGGGUCUGCCAACGUCGCGAAUGAUAGUUUAGGUGGAGAAAAGUUAACGAUGCAUCCGGCAACGCUCAUCAAUAAAAUGCUUUUGAGGCAAGACGAAAUCGCAAUGCCAGACGCCUUUGAACUCCUUGGUCGCAUACGACAAACGUUUCUGUUUCAAUUCGAUGACGAAGGAACAGUCUACCUCUCCCAGCAUGCUCCUGAAGCAAAUCCAAAACAGCAGUUCUCUUCUCCAGAUACUACUCCGAGAUAUCCUGGAUCCGCUCAAGGGACCUUCCCCGAUGCCAGUGAUACUGGGCGUGCACGAAGAGCACCAAGACCCCGAGCCCGAGAGAACCGAAUAGGAGAACCAAGUGAUAACGAUGCAGACGUGCAGGAUGUAGAUCGAGGCAAAAAACCAGAGACAAACGUUGUCAACCCUUAUCUGCUAGAUCGAGGCACACAACCUCAGCCUUCAAGCAGGGUGUUUAAUCAGCAGGGCAACGUGCAGGGUGGAGAGACAAACGUCUUCGACCCUUAUCUGCUAGUUCGGGGCAAGGGCUCUUCAAGCAGGGUGUUUAAUCAGGAGGGCAUCGAUUCACCUUCACCUGAUGUUUUAUCAGAUCCAGUUCGAACUUUAAAUGAUUUAUGUCAACAUUCGGGGUUGUAUCCUCCUCAUUAUGAGGUGGCACGAUCUGGUCCCGCACACGCCGAGGACUGGACUGUUGUAGUAACAGUCAACGACAUAGAGUACGGUCGCGGGACUGCCUCAAGCAAGAAUAACGCCAAACGGGCCGCCGCCGAAAUAGCUUUAUCCCCGACGACAAUGGAUUCUCUCAAAAUGCUAACUCCGUAUUACAUCGCCAGUGCGAAAUGGGGGAACCGAUGGGGUGGGCCUCCGGGGGAUUUCGUGGACGAGUGGGUGGCAUACCGUGACCGUAUUUUUUUUCGUCUUCUGCAGAAAACUGUGAAUAUGACCUUGGAUGUUCAACCAAUUCGGAAAAACGGCUGGGCUUUUUAUAGGAAAAUGAUUCGUGACGAUGCAGACCACACUGUAGCGCUAACGACAACGGGACGAGGGAACCACUUCGAUAUUGAGGAAGUCUGCAACAUCGACGAGGACGCCAACCACGACAUCUCCAAUGUAUUCUACGCUGCACAGUUACACAAACCAGACGAAGGCCGCCCUCCGCCUUUGCGGUUAAUACCAAAGCGCAAAAGCCAAACACCGCCGCUCCCUAUACGAUAUCUUAUAGCCCAUCCUUCGGAUCUUCCACAUACAAGUCCCCAGAAAUGGCGAUGCAAUCUGUGCUACACGCCCUUCCUCCUAACGCCAUUCAAAGUCCCCCGAGAAGCUCACGUUGUCGAACCUGAAGACUGGUAUUGGAAAUCCCCGAUGAUGGAGACUAGUGGAGGUUGCUGGGAGGCUCGUUUGGGAGGCACAAAGAGUGGAGAUGAUAGAGUUUGGCGUGCCGGAUCCGCCAGUCCGCCGGACGGCCGGAAUUUCCAUAUCCCAGAUGUCCUCGAAUUUUCAGAUAAGAGCAAAGAACCCUAA